AUGAUUGAUUAUAUGGAACAUGUACUUAGAGCCUUCGAACAAUGUACUAAUUGGAAUAGAGAUAAUAGCUAUGAAAAUAUAACAGCUACUUCAGAGAAUUUACUACACUUUCGUAUACCAUCCGCCCUCAAAUUCCAAGUAUCAAAUCGGUCGACUUCGCAUACAUUCACUACAUUUGAACUGUCAAAUAGUAAAAUCAUCAAUGGCUCAUUGGCUUAUCUGUACACAAACUGUCAGGACAUAGAUAGUUUCAUCAAAGGUUCUCCCGGAGUCUCGUUGCAUACAUGCACCGAAACCUUUCGUCGCAUCAAGCCUUACUAUCAUUAUCACCUGCAACCAUCACCGAAUGGGGAUUUCAACAAAUCAUCCCUAUACUAUGGACGGAUGUACUAUCCAAACUCAAAUCUGGAGGCAAUGAUUGUGAAACGUGUAAGUCCAUAUACACAGUUUGUUUUAAAGUGUAUUAGCAGUUUGUCAAGUCCCAGCAUAUUAACUCUAUACUGGCAAAGGGAUAGUGGUAGAAAUUGUCAGGAAUGGAUAAUGUCUAGUAAUGAAACACUUAUAGGGUAUAGAGUACUGCAUAACUUCAUUGGUAGCCAAGCGAAGCUGGAUGGCUCCCUAUACAAUAAUUCAUCGCUAUCAUUGGGAGGAGAAUUAUGGUUUAGUGUUUUGAACACUAGUCCGGCAUGUUCAACUACAUUGAGAUACUGUACACAUUCAGCCAAUACUGGAAAGCCUUUAACCUUGACAUUGUCAUGGAAUCCACUUUUUGGGCAUGUUUCUUCAACGUACUCGGUGAAAACAAGUUCUGGUACCACAUUCUGUUCGAAAUAUGAUUUUAAUCUAUACUCCAUCGAAUCAAAUUUAUCAUUUGGUUGUGAGUUUUGGACUCGAGGAAAGGAUUAUCAAAGAGAGAAGUCUGAAGAGAAUGAAUAUGACGUGCCCAUUCUGAAUUCUUCAGGAAGCUUGAAAGAUUUAUCAUUUGAUUCUUAUUCUAAAGCGCCCGAGAUUGCCAUGUAUUAUCAUUUGUCGCCCCCACCAGAUACAGAUUCAUUGCCUUUGGGUGAUACUAAUAUUAAGAUUCCUGUGCCUCCGAAAGAUGUCACUGAGCGAAAACCAAUUCUUGAAAGAUUUGAAUCCUCGUUGGAUACAAAUAAUUUCACAAGCGUGUGGAAACUCAGCACAAGCCUACGAGACAAAAGUUUACGAGUGCUAUGGGAGGGUAAAUAUAAAGGCUUCCUCGUUUCUGCUGGAACAGAAUUUGCUGGCUCACCUACAGCUCUUCCAUCAAACUUGGUGCAACUUUCUAACCCAAAAACAGUCUUUCAACCUACCAAAAUUGGAUUACAAUUACAAUACUCUAUAUAG